GUAUUCCUUACAUUAUCAGACCAAGAAAGUUUGCCCUAAUUCUCUCUCUCUCUCUCUCAACACAGAUUUCAAAUCCUCUCGAUCGCAGAUUCUCAGUCAACAAUGUCGAAAAUGAGAUCGGUUCAGAAACCUCCGCUUGCGAAAUCCCCCAUCAGGCUUCGACCCCGCUGGGUCCUCCCACAGAUUUCCACCACCCUAACACCUCCGGGUUCUCAGGCCAAGUCCCUGAUGCCGAUCCCUAAUCGGUACUCUGAAGAUUCCGAGAUUCGACCCGAGUACCACACGAUUUCUCGUGAGUUACGGGCUCUGGCGAAGCAGGUUCAAGAUGAAUUCGGAAACGAGGGGGAGAAUCUCAAGCUCAAGACUGGAGUUCUUUCAACUUCGAGCUCGAGUGGGAUAUUCGAAAGGGGUCGAUUUUACGAAGAGUACUCCGCCAGAAGGAAUGAAAGAUUGAGGAGGAAAAUGGUUCUUCAAACAGGUGAGGAGAGGAUUGUUAGUAAGAGCAUGCAUAAUCUGGGUGUGAAUUUUGAAUCUGCUAAAAGAAGUAGUGUGAGUACUUCGAAGAAGAUUGGGAGCUUGAGGAAAUCGAUCUCGUCAGCUUACUCGGUGGAGAAGACGAUGGAGACUUCAAGGUAUAUGCUGCGAAGCAUGAGCAAAGAGAACAAGAAACCACCUUUGCCUCUCUACCCAGAGAAAUCUGCCAUUGGUGGUAAAGUUGGAGCUCGAAGAGUUAGAAAAACUGAACAUUAGUAGAUUUUGUUAGCCAUGGCUUUUGAAUCUUCUAUUGUUCCUUUUUUUUUUUUUCAUUUUCUUUGGUAUUGUAAUGGAUAUGGAUUAUAUAUUGCUUUUGCUACUGCAAAAGCCAAAGAAAGUUAAGCUGUGAUAUUAAAGGGUUGAAAUGACUUGUUUUUCUU